AUGGCGACCAGUCCGAGGAGAUUUGGAAGAUUGGUUUUAAUGUCAUGUAAGAAGGGUCAGAGGAGGAGCAAUCAGAGGGGAUUCUCAGCGACGACGUCGACCACCGAUGAAAACAGUCUCCAACAGAGUGGGACUAAGUCUAUAAACCUCUUUUCUGCAAUUAAUCAAGCCCUUCACAUCGCCUUAGAAACUGAUCCUCGUGAACUUAAUUUUGUAUAG